AAGAUGGCGCUGAGGCGGGCGUACUCCAUCAAGGACCAAGCUGCAAGCCAUCGAGCGGGUGAAGAAGGCGAGCGGCAGGCGUCGGUGUGCCGGGCUUUCGUGCCGGGGGGGACGCUGCGGGGUUGGUUGAAGGACGAGGCGAAGCUGCGCUGGUUCCUGGAGCAGCUGGGGGGGGAGGUGGGCACCCAACGCAAGAAGAUGAGGUUGGCCAACGAGGAGGAGAUCGACCGAGCCGUCUACGCUUGGUUCCUCGCCCUCCGGCAGCACGGCGUCCCCCUCUCCGGGCCCCUCAUCCAAGCCCAAGCCGAGGCUUUCGCCCGGCAGAUCUACGGCCCCGAGUGCACCUUCAAGGCCAGCCACGGCUGGUUCUGGCGCUGGCAGAAGCGCCACGGCAUCUCCAGCCAACGCAUCUACGGCGAGGGCGGCCUCCCCGCCGCCGCCGAGCACGAGCGGGCGCCCGCCGCCCGCCCCGAGCCCCCGCCGCCGACCCCGGCCACCGACGCCGGGGGCUACGGCGAUGAGCAGAUCUACAACGCCAACGUCACCGGGCUCUACUGGAAGCUGCUGCCCGGCAGGCGGCGCGGCGGCCCGGCUCCUCGCCAACGGGUCACCGUGCUGCUGGCCGCCAACUUGACCGGCUCCCACAAGCUCAAGCCUUUGGUGGUCGGCGGCCUCCGCGACCCCCCCAGCCUCCGCCACCACAACCAGGACAAAUUCCCCGCUUGCUAUCGCUACAGCCCCGAGGGGUUGGGGCCGGCUCUCCUCAGGGCUUGGUUCUUCGAGGACUUCGUGCCGGGCGUCAAACGCUACCUGCGGCGGAGCUGCCUGCAGCAGAAGGCCGUGCUGCUGCUCAGCUCCCCAACGCCGCCCGCCGGGGGCGGCCCCGAGGAGCUCCCCCAGCUGCAGACUCCCGACGGCUCCAUCCGCGCCCUCUUCCUCUCCAAGGGCCCGGCCGGGACGGCUCGGCCGGAGGGGGUGGCCCGAAUCCCGGCCCCGCUGGAGCAAGGGGUGGUGUCCGCCUUCAAGCAGCUCUACAAACGGGAGCUGCUGCGCUUGGCCGUCUCGUGGGCGGCCGGGGGCGGCAGCGCCGGGGGCCCCGUGGACUUCGUGCGGUCCUUCCUCCUCAAGGACAUGCUCUACUUGGCCGGCCUCUCCUGGGACCUCAUCCCCGCCGGCGCCAUCGAGAAGUGCUGGCUGCUGGGGCUGCGCGCCGCCUUCGAGCCCCAGCCUGGGGAGGAAGAGCGAGGAGACCGGCCGGCCGGGGAGGAAGGCGGCGGGGACAGCAAAGUCUUCAGCGACCUGACCCACCUGGCCGCGUUGGCCUACAAGCGCCUGGCUCCCAAGGAGGUGGCCGACUGGCUGCACUUGGAUGACACGGCCCCGGGUACGGGGGAGGACGAUGGGGAUGAGGACGCCGAGGAGGAAGGCUCCGGAGGCUGUGGGGUGGAGGAGGAGGAGGAGGAGGAGGAGGAGGAAGAAGAAGCGGGCCCCCCGUUGCUGCCCACGGCCCGGGAAGCCAUCCGAGGGCUGGAGACGGCGCUGCGCUGGCUGGAGGGCCAGGACCCGCGGCAAGUGGGGCCGCUGAAGCUGGUGCAGCUCCGCUCCCUCAUCAGCAUGGCCCAGCGGCUGCACCGCGCCGGCAGCCCCGAUCCCUAGGGCAGGGCGGCCGGCCACCCGUCGGCUACCGACCUCCUCGCCUCCCCGGGGACACCCGUGGGGCUGGGGACACCCCGUUUGUCCUGGCAGGGCUGGCAGCGGAGGUGCCAGCUCCCCUCCGGCACGGGCAGUUCAGGAGGCCCAGACACCCGUGGGUUACCGUGGCUGAAGGGGCGGGGGGGGAGUCACGUUUUAGGGCUAACGGGGUUUUUUUUGUGCGACACCCUCCAUGCGUCGCAUAUUCGAGGGUCGUUCCUCACCCUAAGCUCAUUUAGGAGGUGCUGUUUUUUUAAUCCCGUGAGACUGAGCAGGAUGGUCCCUGGGUAACGCGGGCACCACGGGGAUGGGGUGGGUGGCGUCUGUGCUGCCCCCGUGGGGAAACAGGGUGACGGAGAGAGCCCUGAGGAGCCGGCACCGUGGGGCAAGCUGCAUUUCCACGCUGUAAUUCCCCACAUCUCGGAGCAGGCAGCUGUGUGAUUGGGAUGUUUCUUACCCCACAGCAGUGUUGAAGACGGAUGCGCUGGGUCGUGGCAGAGGGUCUUCGAGGAAGGGGAUGGGAUCUGGGGAGGACAGAUCCUGCGGGGAGGCGAUGCGGGUGUAGGAUCUGACAGGGUAGCAUCGCCUCGGUGUCCUCACAUCUUCAGGCAGACGGCAGGACCGCUCCUGGGGUGCUGCCCUAAAGGGGAUGGUGACGCCCUUUCCGCUGCCAAAACGGUUUCCUGUGAAACCGGGGAGAUUUGGGGCUGCUUUAAGACAACUUUCGUCAUGCACUGGCUUGGGACAGGGACGCGGUGGGGUACCGGCAAGCUGCAGAUCCCCUGGUGAGGGUCACCAGCAGCCCUCCCGUGACAGCACGGCAGCACCCGGACCACAGAGACCUGCUGAACACGUACCACCGUCCCAGCGCCCUCGUAAAACCAAGUUUUGGGGUCCAGGCUCCUGUUUUGCCCUGUGUCUUGUGUGAGAUGGGAGCAGGAACGGCUCCCGGAGCUGUCGUGAAAUACCGGAGGCAUGGGAUGUGAAUUGAGCAGCUCUUUCCUCGACCUGAUUUUGAUAAAAUUUUAGCCCUACUUAGCCAAAUUAUUGAAAAAAGAAAGAAAAAAAAAUCAAGCUGACGUGCCCUGUGUCAGCAGGCGGGAUGGGUGUUUCUACUUAUCGGGUCUUUGUCUCAUGAUUUCAGAGUUUACGGAGAUUAAAUGGAUUUUUAUUCCCGC